AUAUUUUAUUCUAAUAUUUAAAAAAUAUUAAAUUCAUUUAAAAUCAAAAUUCACUUUGCACACAACUCAUGAAACACAAGACAACGGAAUCAAUAGGAACAAUUCCGAGCCAGUUAAUUCACAUAUUAGGUUGAAAAGCUCACCCAUGGCAAGUGUCUCAUUGGUCUCAGCUGCAGCAAGAAGGCUUGAAGGGAAAGUGACAUUGAUCACUGGUGGUGCUAGCGGUAUAGGUGAAGCCACUGCAAGACUCUUCUCUAAGCACGGAGCUGAAGUGGUGAUAGCUGAUGUUCAAGAUGAUUUGGGUUACUCUGUUUGCAAAGAUUUGGAAUCCUCAUCCUCUGCUUGCUAUGUACAUUGUGACGUGACAAAGGAAAAUGAAGUUGAAAAUGCUGUAAACACUGCGGUUUCUAAGUAUGGAAAACUAGAUAUCAUGUUUAACAACGCUGGUAUAACUGGUGUGAACAAAACCAACAUAGUUGAAACCAAGAAAUCUGAAUUUGAGGAAGUGAUUAGUGUUAACUUGGUUGGUGUCUUUCUGGGAACAAAGCAUGCUGCAAGGGUCAUGAUUCCUGCUAGAAGGGGUAGCAUAAUUACAACAGCUAGUAUUUGUGGAAGCAUUGGUGGCGUGGCUUCACAUGGUUACACAAGUUCAAAGCAUGCUGUUGUGGGACUCAUGAGAAACACUGCGGUGGAGCUUGGAGCAUUCGGUAUUCGGGUGAAUUGUGUCUCCCCUUAUGUGGUUGCAACACCGUUGGCUAAGAAUGUCUUGAAGCUUGAUGAUGAGGGACUUCGUGGGAUUUAUUCCAAUCUGAAAGGUACUGAUCUUGUGCCAAAAGAUGUGGCUGAAGCUGCUCUUUACUUGGGAAGUGAUGAGUCCAAGUAUGUUAGUGGUCACAAUCUUGUGAUAGAUGGUGGGUUCACAGUUGUCAACCCUGGAUUGUGCGUUUUUGGACAAUCUGUGUAAAAAAUUGCCUCCAUCUAUCUGUAUGCAUCUCCUUGAGCAAUUAAUUGUUGAUGUUUUCAGUGAAUUUGUAUCAGGGUUUUAUCGGCUAGUAUCUAUAUAUCUGGUUUGUUUGUUUUAGUGUUGGUAUUAAUAAUUUUUAUUUUGUUUUAAUCAAAUGAGCCCAUAAAACUAGGGCUCAGUUGUAUGCAUGUCUUUGAAGUUUGAAGUUUGAACCAUUGUUGAUGUUUUCAGUAUUUGUAUCUGGCUUGUUUUGGCUAAUAUCAAUAUAAUGGUGC